AUGCCCGACUGGGCUGCCACCUCGGGCGGCACGGCGUGGGAAGGAGGGGGCCGGGGCACCGGUUCCCAGGAGCCCAGUUUCCGAUUUCCCACAGCGCGGGGCUCCUCCGGACAUUCCUCCCGCCCUCCCCUCGACCCCCCAAUAAAGAAAGAGGAAACGCGGCGCGACCGGCUGCGCAGCGGAAGCGCUGCUCAACGAAUGAGUAAGUCAGGCGCGGGCACGGCACCUUGUUUACCCCACUCGGCGGCGCGCCCCUACGGGCGCCUCGUUGAAAGGCGGCGUCGGAGACGCUGA